UGAAUGAGUAGAACUUGCUCUCAGCAUACAGUCUUACUGGAUUUGAGCAAACGACCAAAGCUGUGUGUGUGUCUCUCCAUCUCCAUCAUUAUCUGACAGACUUCCCAACACACACACACUGGAAGAGUAUACCUUACGGUUACUGAGACCUCUCCCCUUAUCUUUCCAGGAUGGCUGAGGCUGAACUUCAUAAGGAGCGGCUCCAGGCCCUGUCGGAAAAACGAAAAAGGCAAACAGAAAUUGAGGAUAAAAGAAGACAGUUAGAUGAUCUUGUCCUGCAACUUCAACAUCUUAAGUCUAAAGCCAUGAGGGAGAGGUGGCUUCUACAGGGUACUCCAACGGGGCCUGAUGAGGAAGACGAGGGACGCAGGAAACAGGUUGAGCAGGAUGAGCUUCAUGCCAAGAAACUAGAAGACUUCAUUCAGAGACUGGAAUCUGAAAUCAUUCUGCUGGAGAACGAAGAAUCACAAAUAUCAGCCAAAGAGCAAGUGCUCAGAGAGAGACUUCGUGAAACAGAGAGCUCUAUUGAAGACCUACAGAAAAGUCUGCAGAACCAAGAUGGAGAUGCAGUGAAUCCCACCUGUUCCCAGAUCCCCAAGCUCUCAGGGUCGAACCCCCAAACUCUGUCCUCUGCUUUAGGGGAUCGCCAACACUCAAGAAAAGCCGCAUUAUACGCCAUGGAGAUCAGCGUCGAAAAGGACCACAAGACAGGUGACACUAAGAUCUUGUCCACUUCACGUAUCAGCCCUGAAGAUGCCUACCAACGGGGCGUCAAGGUCUACGACGAUGGACGUAAGGUGAUCUACGAGGUGCAUUCUGGGAGUUCCACCACAGUGGAGAACGGUGUGCACCCCUGGAGCUCAGACGAGGUGGAGGAACUGAUGCAGCGAGUGGGUCAAGUGCACCACAGACCUGAUGGCACUCGUGUCACAGUCGCGCCAGGCGAGCCUGGGAUCAGGGAGCAGAUUAUCAUGCCUUCAGAGCUGGUGCAAGAUCAGCAAAGUCAUGAGGGUGAAACGAAGAAAGAACAAGAGCGCCAAGGUCACAGGGAUGAUCCAAAAACAUGCCAAAGCUUCGAGGGUGAGGUGAUGGAGGCACCUGAAGCUACAGCCGACAAGCCCGUCACUAUGAUUUUCAUGGGUUACCACAGUGUGGAUGAUGACGAGGAGACGAAGAAGCUGCUGGGCUUUGAUGGCACUAUCAAAGCCGAGAUCGUCCUGAUCGACGAGGAUGAUGAGAAGUCUUUGCGAGAGAAGACCGUCACAGACGUCUCCACCAUAGACGGCAACGCCGCCGACCUCGUCUCAGGACGGCCUGUUUCUGAGGCCACCGAACUUUCUUCUGAGGGCCAAGAUGAAAGUUCCACCAAGGAGCCACUGCCCACAGGUAGUGAGAAAGCUCGCUGUGUCUUGCUGACCGCAGAGAACGGCCUUUUCCCAGGAGAGGCUGCGAGAUCAUCGUGCACCCCACCGAAAUCCUGCCAGAUCACAGAGGAUGACACUGAACUAAACAGCAGAAGGACCCCAGAGAAGAGCCUGAAGAGUGUCAGUUUCUUAGAUCCAGUCAGUAUUAGAAGUGGAGGUGAGAUUGACAUGGAGGUUGAGGUACAAACCAAAACCCAGCUUAACCACACAACAAAUGCCCAGAAUGGUGUGAAGCACAAAGGAGAAGCGUUGGAUGAAGGAGAAGUUGCCCAGGAAAUACGCUACCUUGAUGAGGUUCUUGAGGCCAACUGUUGUGACACCGGAGCAGAGAUGACUUCAAAUGGAACUUAUUCCCCUGUGCGCCAAGCAAUAUAUGUUGAUGGAAAUAGGCCAUCUGUUCACAUUUCUGAUGAAUCAUCCUCAAUAAGUCAUGAGGUAGUUGUAGAAGGAAAACAACAGACCACCUAUGUUGAAGACAAUCUGAACAGUUCUAAACCAAAUGGUCAUCCAGGAAUAAUGGGUGACUACCACCAAAGGACACCUGAUAAUGAAAUGAGCAAGAAAGAGGCCAAAUUUGAGCUCCGUCCUUUCUAUGAAGAGAAAAAGCCAUCCAAGCUUUUUGAUACACCAGCAGAGAAAGAAGUACGGGUGAAAAAGGUCAGGCCUUCAGAGGAGAUUGCAGAACUGGAGAGAGAGCGCUUGGAGCUCAUUCGCGAUCAAGCGGUCAAGAAAAAUCCAGGAAUUGCAGCAAAGUGGUGGAACCCACCACAGGAAAAGACACUGGAGGAGGAGCUGGAACCAGAAAAAUUAGAGUCGCUAAGAAGAUAUGAAGAGCGGAAGCAGAAGAGACCUGAAGUAAACCAAGUACCACAACCGUCCCCUAAACAAAUGGUCUCCUUUGUCCAGCCUGAAAUUGGAAAUAAGGAGGACAUUGUGGUUCAAGGGAUUGAUUUUUCUGCAGCCCGCCAACAGUUCCUUCAGAUGGAGCACAGUAAACAGCAACAGCCAGCCACAAAAAGAAGUGUGUCUCCCCAGAUAUACUCUGCCAAACCAUUCUCCAGGACCUCGGACACUGAUAGGUCAAGCAGCUCCAUUACAGUCACAAGCCAUGGUAGAGUCACCCUGGAGGAUGGUGGGGAAAUGAACUAUGUUAAAACUGAAAUGGCGUUUUGUAGUUCUGGAGAUUCUCCCAAACAAAGCAGGGACGGCGACAUUGAAGUGAAAAAUGAUGACUUUACCUGUGCCCGAGCAGUGAUGACCAUCCUCAAAGAUGAAGACCCUGAGUUGCACCAGCGGUCCAUUAACGUUUCCUGUCCUGCAGAGGAGAUGGACUCUGGAUUGGAUGACCUAUCGCUUAGAUCUCAGGAUACUACUAUGCUUGAGACCUUUUCCAAUGAUUUCAGCAUGGAUAACAUAAGUGACAGUGGUGCCUCCAAUGAAAUCAUGAGUGCCUUCUUGGAGAACUCCCUUGGUGACGACUCUUUCCCCUCUACUCCACUGGCCACAACGCCAAUUAAUGGAAAGCUGGAGGGCAGCACCAAAUCACCAAGUUGCCCCUAUCAAACAGACAGGUUGACAGAGGAAGAACUUGAAUACCAUGCAGGUGUCUUGGUGCAAAAUGCCAUCCAGCAAGCUAUUGCACACCAGACAAACAAAUGGGAACUUCAGACCAUGCAGCAGUCCUCCCCAAUCCCAGAGAGACAAGAGGAGACUUCAGAACCUUCACCAGCAACACCUGAAGGGAAAUCUCCUUACACACCACCUGAUACACAGCCAUCCCCUGUGGAAGAGAAGAAAACCAUAGCUCCUACAAUUACUGUACAGGUGCCUACAGCCCAAGCAACUUCAGUUAUAACCGUGAAUGCUUACAGGCCCCCAAGUCCUUCUCCCCCACCAAGUGAGAAGCCAGAGUUCAGCUAUUUCAGCAAGUACUCAGAGGCAGCAGAGCUCCGAAGCACAGCAUCUGUGACUCCUGCACAAGCCACAGAAGUCACCUCAGGGCCUUUCAAAUUACGUUCACGCAAACAGAGGACUCUGUCCAUGAUCGAGGAAGAGAUCCGGGCUGCCCAGGAACGGGAGGAAGAGCUUCGCAGGGAACGACAAGCCCAAAGCUUGCGUCCUAACAUCAAUCCCAUUCACAAACAAAAGACCAACAGCCUUCCAGCCAAAUUAGUCCUUAGUGGGAAGACAGCUCCAGGUAAAAUUGAAAAGGUCCGUGUUGCCCCGCCAGUAUCUCCAGCUUCUUCAGACGGUGCACUCCCGUCCCCUCUUUCUGAUCUGGGGAGUGAUGACUCGGGCGGAAGCCAGCGGCCUAAAAACUUCAUGCAGACCCUAAUGGAAGAUUAUGAGACACACAAAGUCAGGCGUCGGGAGAAGGCUGAGGACAACAGUGUUCUCGAGGCGACGCGAGUCACCCGCAGGAAAAGUAACAUGGCUCUACGAUGGGAAGCAGGAAUCUACGCCAACCAAGAAGAAGCUGAGGAGGAAGAGGAGGAAGAGUAAAGCCAGCUCCAUAUUAAAAAAAAACAGGAAGAGUGAGAGUAAACCAAACACAUGUUGGAGAAAACCACAAGUAUUUAUGCUGAGUAUAUGUAUAUUGCAGGAACAAAUAAUCAUUGGAUCUCCAAAUGAUCACCACAGAAGAUCAUCCAAUCAUGUAGUAAGAUCUGUGGAAAGGUUCUCACUAAAAACUCAACGCGAUGACAAUUUGGUAUCCAAAUAUAUUAUUGUGCUUUCUGUCUCUCUUUAGUUUCCAGCUUUUUUUUUUUUCUUCUCAGUUGAUGUGUGCAGUACUUUGGGACAUGUGCAAAGAGAAUGCUGAAUUUGAUUUUCGGAUUGCUUUUCAGUUUUUUAUGGUUCAGUAUAUAAAUUGGCUUUGAAUUGACCACGCCAAGUGAUCCGUGUGUGGGUUUUCAAGUGUUUCAAGAAAGAUUUUGUAUGAAGACUUGUCAGAAGGUGAUGUGAAGUAGUUCUAUACAUUGAAAAGGACAUUUUGUAUUCAGAUGGGAGCACUUGUUCCUACGUUAAGUAUUUCAGGUAGAGUUGGUUAUGCCAGGUCUGGUUUUUAUUAAACUUCUGAGGAGUUGAUUUGGCAAUACGGUCACAAAUUCAGUUUAUGCUAUUUAUAUUACAGAAUAGUAGCACAACAUACAUACAUACAUUUUAUAGCACAAUAGAUCCAAAUAGAUGUACAAGUAAUUAGUUCCUGUAUAUAAUUUACCAUACUGGAUUAAACACCCACUGAAAAUGAAAGUAGGUCAGAGACUGGUUUGGCUUGAAGAAUUGUGUAAAGAACUUGUCGUAGAACAGUCAUCAUAUUGUCCAGGUUUGUAAAUGCACAAUAGUAUUCAGUCAAAUAAAUAAAUAAAUGCAUUUCAUUUCGAAAGCUGAUUUUUAGCAGCCAGCCCAGACAGGAAACAGAUAAAGGAAUAAGAGCUGGGUUGGCAGUAUACCAUGGUCAACUGCAACCUAAACCACUUAAACCGCAAACAUGCAUGUGAACUGCAUAUGCUGUUCCAGUUUUCAUGUGUUUUCCCCUUUAACCAAACUCCUUUUGUAUUGUGUGGCUGGACACACCAAUCUUAUAAUAAUAUGCAUGUUAUCGUGUGCGAUAGAAUGUACGUAAGAUAUAUUGAACUAAGUACAGCCAGGGUUGCCAGAUUGAGAUGAACAGACACCACCAUCGCAGUUUAAGACACAAACCCCAACCAUCCACUGGAUUUUUGUUUAUACAGUAGGCCAAUAAUGAAGGAAAUCCCCCAAUCUGGCAACACUGAGUGUAUACAGUGUGCUGUGCACCACAUACAAGAGUGAUGUCGGAUUUUAUCUUGUGUAAAUGAAGAGGACAUGCCAGGCCAUGAUAUACAUAGAAAUACCAAUACAGGGGUUUCGAAGCACUAUCAAUGAAAAAUGAAUUCCUUACACCAGAACACUUUACCCAAUCCCUCUCUCUCUCUGGAGUUUUAUAAUAAGUAAACACUUUAUUAGUGAGCUAUAUGAACUGUUUCUCUUUUGUACUGUGUAUUUGCCUUGUUUUAGCAGAUUUGAUUAGAAUGUGUAAAUGCAAUAGAAUGCGGUGAAAUAAUGUUAUAUGAAUGCUUUGUAGAUAAUUAUAUACAUAUGAAAGUGGGACAUGUUUCUUAACAGGAAGAGAAAAAAAAAAGCCACCAGCAAUUUGAAGUACAUUAGAAAAGCAAUGUCAGAUAUGACAUCCAUCCAGGCUGAUGGUGGACACAAACACAUCAGCAAUAAAGGAAGAAUUCAUUGCGGAAUAAAACAGAAACGCCCUUCAACAAAAGUUCACGAGACAUUCUUCUUGAUAUCAGCUUUGAGGCCUUGUUCCACCAACAAGGAACAAAGCUAUGGAUUUUAUUCCUGAAAGGACAACCGUUACGAGAACGCUCGUUCAGCAGACUUUUGCGAAAGCUUUUUCCAUGGUUUUUUUUUUAUACUUAUACUAUAAUACAUGAAAAUGCAGUAUUUAAAUACCUGUCCUUAUAAUAAUAUUAUAAGAAAUGUGUUUUUAGAUGUUAGACACAAGUGUGAGUGCAAACCCACCAUUUUCUUUCAGACUGCACCCUGUGAUGUGAAUAAGCAAGACAAGAUAAAACUCUGUACUGAAGUGACCUUGUUGGUCCAGUGGUAACAAGUUUCAAAAGUAUUUCAUUUGCUGAAAAUCUGACAAAGCUGCUUUCACAGGAACUUAUCUCAUAGAGCAGAAGGCUUCAGUCUUGUAUCAUGAUACUAGAAGCAAACUAGAACAAUCUAUGAUGGUGAUCUUUAGUGUUAUCCAUGUGGUUGGAGGCUUUCUAUUCCAACCAAGCAGGAGCCACACCUGAUUUCACUUGUAUAAUCAGUUCACCUUGGUCUCCCAUCAAUUACCAAGUGUGCCUCCAGUUUGGCUGGAAUGAAAGCCUGCAAUCAGAUGGAAACCAUCCCUGUGUCUGAAACCACUCACUACUCACUGGUGGACUGUAUAGUGAGCUCGCCAUUUUGUCGUGCUGUCCGAAUGUAUAGUGAGAAUUAUUGCACCCUAUAUUGUGGACUCAUAGUCUCCCACAAUGCAUUGUGAAAAGUAGUGUACAACCGAUGGUCACUAACCAAGCAAUAUAUACCAUCAUGAUAGAUAGAUAGAUAGAUAGAUAGAUACUUUAUUAAUCCCAGAGGGAAAUUCAAGAAAAUCAUGCAUUGCAGUCAUGCUGAAAAAAAAAGCGUGUUGGGGUGAAUGGACGGAGGAAGAAACACAUUAGAAAUAGACAUUCACGUCCAAUUAAAAAUAGUAAGAGAAUAGGAAAAAAAGAGCUAAAAUGAAAUAGAAGAAUAAAAAUUCCAGUGCAGAGCGAGGAAUUAAUCAAAAGCCUCAAAUCUGAUUGCAGGGAUGAGAAUGAAAAAUAUUUUAAAAGUCUGAAAAAAGCCGGGGGUUUGGGGGCUGCAGGCAUCCAGCGGGGCCCUGGGCAGAGCCCUGGUGGGGGCCCAGGGGCCGGAGCUAAUGAUUUUUGGCUAUUUUUUUUACCCCAAAACCAUUAAUUUUAUCAGCAAAAAGUUGCAAUUUAUUUGGAAAUAAAUUCCCCUUCUUGGUGGACUAUCAGGUGAAAAUGAUUAAUAUGGUACAAGAGACUUGUUUUUAAUCAAUUCACAUUUGAUGAUUUCAAAAAAUCAAUGCACCUUUUAAUAUAAACGAGCUCUACAGUAUUAUAUUUCUGCAUUUUUGCUAUUCAUGUCUUUGAAUACUCUAAUCCUUUAAAAUGAAGUGCAAACCAGAAAAAAGUUCCAUCAUAUAAUUCUCUUAAGCUUUCUUCUGAUGUUAUCACGGUCGCAGGGGGUCUUGCAUAUUAAGCAGGCAACAUUCAACAUCACGUAUCACUUCCCUUUCAACUGUUGUGUGUACUAACUAGGUUUUAUCUGGACAGGAUGUUGUGUAAUGUAAUACAGAUACCAUAUGGUCAAUUUGAAGAUCAAGAUGGUGAUUUUGAAUUAAAGAACAGGCAUUUACAAUGGGCAUUACAUAUUGGAAAUUUUUUUUAAAUCAAAAACUAUAAGUUCAUCUCGGCCUAAAAAAUUUGGGCAGACGCUCCCGCGCGGCACAUGCCAGCAAUCCCCCCCUUAUGAAAUGAGCAAUAAGUAGGAGAGUUAUACACGGUAUCAUACCUAAAAUUUUAUCAGAAAUAUAGAUAUGAUACUAUGAUUCUCCCCAACAUGCUACAUUAGAUAAGCUAACCCCAUUUAUUAAAGAUACACACUUAUAUAUGACAUGUAUUUGAGAUAUACAGGGAUAGAGAGAUUAUAUAUGUACACACACACUGUGGCAUUGAUUCGUGCGAUAUACAUUAUAAAUAUAAUGAAUCAUUGAACAGGCAAAAUAAUUUCCGACCUACCUUUGUGUUUUUUGGUGUAUAUGUGAAGUUUGAUAGUCCUUGCCCCUCUACUAGCGUAGUUUAUCAUGUCAGAACACAAUGAGCAAAGUACUUUUCCUGAGACGUCUAUUUUCCGGAUGUGAUCACCGAGCUUCGUUGUAACAGUCUGCUUGUCGAUCUCGCCAUUCAGUGUUCUGAAUGGCGAUUGCAAGCCACGCGUGGAGAGCAUGCGUACUUGUGUUUAUACACUGCACGCGAUGGGAUUUCCCGAAAAUUCUACCGCAAAUAAGUCGAACAUUGUCGCAAAAGUGAAUGUUAAUUACGACAUGUCGAAAGACUCGAGUGUGUUAACCCGGAGCCCACCAAGAAUCAAGACGUUAUAAGGUGACCAUAGAUCGUUAACCAUCCCCCCCCAAAAAAAAAUUUCUCAACGGAUUUACAUCGAUCUCAGAAACGAUCAUUUUGGUCUGAAAAAGUCGGAAAUCCGCCGAUCGGCGGAAAAUUCUCAUCCCUGUGAUUGAAUAAAAGGCAGCGGCAAAGAAGAAAGGAUUCAGCCUUGAUUUAAAAGAACUGAAAGAUGCAGCAGACACAUAAUAUGGAUUAUUAUUAGUAUAAUAUGGAUUUAUUAUUUUGAAAACCCACCAGCCGACUGAUCUGGCACCUUUUAAUUGUGCGACAGUAAUGACAUAAAUAACAGUGCGACGGAGUAGCAUCUGAAAGGUUUGAGGGUUUUUUUUUUUUUUUUUCAUUUUACCAAUGAGCUCACUGUAUAGUCCUCUAUACAGAAUUCCCUGUGUAGUGAACAGGGAGUAGUGAAUGAGUGAGUGAUUUCGGACACAGCCCAUAUUUAUGCUCAGAUCCCUGUCGUAGGUUGUUCCAGUAUGGUUAUAUCAUCACAAUAGUGGAUUCUUGGAUUGUGUGGUAUAGUAUUCUGGCUGGAUCUGACAGCAGGCAGUGAAUGAAGCACAUCAGACCCCAUUUAAAGACGUGUUUCUUAUUGAGAUAUUUCAGUGUUCUACCAUAUAUGACCUGAUAAGUAGGCAGAUAUUUUGAAUAAUAUAAGAGGGAAAUAUUUUUCUUUGUGCAGUGAACUAUUUACAGUGUAUCUAUGAAUGGGAUAUAGUUUUAUGGAGGCUGGCGCUUUAUUACCAUGUAUGUGCAUUUUUGCAAGUUAUAGCCUUUUGUGUGUGUGUGUGUCUGAGAGCGUGCAUGUGUGCUUGUGAGCAUGGGUGUGUGCCUCUCUAAGAAAUUUUAAGAUUUCCAGGAAUAUAUGCAAACGUCUCCAUGACCUCCUGACCAGCAACUUGUGUGCUAAUUAAUUGCCAUAUAUAAACACACACACACACCUGAGCAGUUUGGAGUAGGUAAAUAAAAAUUAAUAAAUAAGUGUUUUUCAAGCUUUCAGGUGGUUGUGACUGGGUUGAAGCUUUGACAAAAUACUUACAAAGUCUGGAAACAAAGCUUCGUUUGCUUUAUUAUGGCCUGGGGCUAUGUUAGGUAAUCAUAUGUAGUGUAACAGAAAAGAGGGCAUCAAAGGAAACCUUAAACAGGCAGAGAAGCUCUAUAAUACAUCCCGUUAUUAGCAAUAGAUUUGGAGUGUAUUUGACUUUUUCCAGUGCAUGAUAUUUAUACUGGGGAAAGAAAAAAAAUCUGAUCAACCAGUAGAUCAAAACCAGUCAGAACUGCAGGAAAUGUAUCUUCUCUGAAAUUGUUUCGAUGACCCCCCUCAGUCCGCAGGUACACACAGCACAGGCAGUACCUUGAGAUUAAAAAAAUGACACUUUGGAAUAUGUUAUUAUUUAAAAUAAAUUGUUCAUACAGUGUUGCUCUAUUUGCGAAUAUACUCUUCAAAAAUUGGAAGCCACUUAUUUUUGCAAGUAGCUUUUCAUUCUUUUUUUUUUUUUACUUGUGAAGUGGCAAAGCGCUCAUGUUUUUUUUUUAAAAACCGCUGUUAAUUUGUUAACCACUUAUUGUAUGUUAAUAUAUUCUGCUUAUGUUUUAUAGUAAUUGUAAGGCUUACACUU